AAGUUCCAGGGUGCCCAGCGGCGCUCCCGGGUUUUCUGGCCGCGCCGCCCGCUGGCUCCGAGCAGGUCGCCGCUGGCUGGCAGUCGCCACCCGGUCCCAGAGUAAAUAAGGGAGAGACACUCCCGAGCGCCGUAAAUAGAUCCAAGUGGGCGGAGAGCCGUCCCGCGCCUCCCGCUCAUGUCUCUGCAGAGCCGACUGUCCGGCCGCCUGGCACAGCUGCGCGCGGCGGGGCAGCUGCUGGUCCCCCCGCUCCCCCGCCACUUGGCGGGUGCCACGAGGACCCGCAGCAGCACGUGCGGUCCCCCGGCGUUCCUGGGCGUGUUCGGCCGCCGCGCGCAGACCUCGGCGGGAGUUGGGGCGUGGGGGGCGGCGGCGGUGGGGCGGACAGCCGGGGUGCGCACUUGGGCCCCCCUGGCCAUGGCGGCGAAGGUGGACCUGAGCACCUCCACCGACUGGAAGGAGGCGAAAUCCUUUCUGAAGGGCCUGAGUGACAAGCAGCGGGAGGAACAUUACUUCUGCAAGGACUUUGUCAGGCUGAAGAAGAUCCCGACAUGGAAGGAGAUGGCGAAAGGGGUGGCUGUGAAGGUGGAGGAGCCCAGGUAUAAAAAGGACAAGCAGCUCAAUGAGAAAAUCUCCCUGAUCCGCAGCGACAUCACCAAGCUGGAGGUGGACGCCAUCGUCAACGCUGCCAAUAGCUCCCUGCUCGGAGGCGGUGGCGUGGACGGCUGCAUUCACCGGGCCGGCGGCCCCCUGCUUACCGACGAGUGCCGGACCCUGCAGAGCUGUGAGACUGGCAAGGCCAAGAUCACCGGCGGCUAUCGGCUCCCGGCCAAGUACGUCAUCCACACAGUGGGGCCCAUCGCCUACGGGGAGCCCAGCGCCAGCCAGGCUGCAGAGCUCCGCAGCUGCUACCUGAGCAGUCUGGACCUGCUGCUGGAGCACCGGCUCCGCUCGGUGGCGUUCCCCUGCAUCUCCACCGGCGUGUUUGGCUACCCCUGUGAGGCGGCGGCCGAGAUCGUGCUGGCCACGCUGCGAGAGUGGCUGGAGCAGCACAAGGACAAGGUGAGUCCUGGGCCCGGGCGAGGGUGGGGUUCGCAUCCCGGCCAGAGUGACCAGCCCCCGUCAUCGCCCAGGGAGUCAGGGUGCAGAGCGCAGGGCCAGGCCCGCCCCUUCCUUCCCUGUUUCUCCUGCGCAAGGGCGCCUGGCGGUGGCGAGAUGGGGGUGAUGGCACACAGCCGUGAGCCUCCGUGAAAGGCGCGGGGCCAGGCAGGUGAAAGCCUGCACCGGGGCAGGCAGUCACAGGAUCCUGGGGCCAGGCGUGGCGGCCCGGCCCAGGCUGAGCAGCCCCUGGCGCAGGUGGACCGGCUGAUCAUCUGCGUGUUCCUCGAGAAGGACGAGGACAUCUACCGGAGCCGGCUCCCCCACUACUUCCCCGUGGGUACGUGCCCCGCGUCGCCCCAUGGCCCGCCCCUGCCCCGGUCCACCCUGGGGGCGGGCUCUCACUGUCCUCUGCCUUCCAGCCUGAGGCUCCCGCAGCCCACCCUGACCGGGACCGGUAAGCAGGGCCUCGCCCCGUGCGGCGGCCCCGGCCCUAGACUAACACACCCACUAACCCCCGCUCACCCCCCAAGCAGGGCGGGAAACCACGGGGCAGCCUGGGAGGUCGGGGACGCCCACAGACACCUCUGACUCUGCUCUGCCCUCAGACCUGCCUUCGGGACCCCGCUCCCAGCUCUGAGAGGUCGCCAAAGCCUGCAGCCUGGCCUGGGCCUGGCCACCCCUUCUUUCCGUCCGAGCCCCGCCCCUGAGGAGCCUAAUAAAGAUCACGUUGUGGCA